AAGCCGAGUGAUAAAUGAUAAAUCCAUUAAACCCCUCUGUAACCAGACGCGAGGGUUUUUGUUUUCUUCCUUCCCAAAUCUACUGGGUGCCUGGUGAAGUAAAAAAUUCUCUGAAGUCACACAAGAUUUUGCCUCCGAAGAAUUGGUUAGUUUCUUCUCUCACUCAUCCUAGAAUUUUCAAUCUUGAAAACCCAUGUUUUAUUAUUUCUGCAAAACCAUUCUAAAUGGUAAACUCGCUGUCAGAGCUCUACCACCAAUUCAUAGACUGGGUUUUGAACAACCAUUUGCUGUCUCAUACCUCAUAAAAACACUUGGGUUCUCACCAGAAGUUGCUCUAUCAGCUUCCAAAUAUGUUCAUUUCGAAACCCCAGAAAAAGCUGAUAUUGUGGUUAGCUUUUUCAAGAACCAUGGGUUCUCUCAAACCCAGAUCACAAACCUCGUUAGAAGACUCCCAUCAGUGCUUAUAUCUGAUCCUGACAAAACCCUUUUGCCCAAAAUUGAUUUCUUUUCCUCUAAAGGCAUUUCAAGCCCUGACCUUGCAAAACUGUUUUCUGGGUACCCUAUUCUUUUAAAAACAAGCUUAGAGAAACAAAUUAUCCCUUCCUUUGAUUUCUUUAAAAAUUUGCUUCAGUCUGAGGCUAAGACCAUUGAAGCAAUAAAACGAUUUACGGGUGUGCUAAAAUGUAAUGUUGAAGCUCGUGUGGCACCAAAUAUUAAUACAUUGAGAGAGAAUGGAGUGCCUGAGUCGAAUAUUGUCACUCUACUUCAAUACCAGCCUAGAGCAUUUGUGGUCAAUCCGGUUCGGUUUAGAGAGAUUGUGGAGGAAGUAAAGGAAAUGGGAUUCAAUCCUUCCAGGAUGAAGUUUGCUCUGGCAGUAUUGGCAUUGCGGGCUAUGAGCAAAUCAACAUGGGAAAGAAAGGUUGAUGUUUAUAAGAAAUGGGGUUUGUCUGAGAAUGAUAUUUUUUUGGCAUUUGGAAGGCAUCCGUGGUGUAUGAUGGUGUCUGAGGAGAAGAUUAUGCGGGUAAUGGAUUUGCUUGUCAACAAGAUGGGUAUGGAUUCUUCCCUCUUUAUCAAACGCCCAGGACUUCUUUCUUUGAGCUUGGAAAAGCGGUUGAUCCCUAGGGGUUUUGUUUUUCAAGGUUUGUUAUCAAAAGGUUUGGUGAAGAAGGAUUUCAAUAUAUAUCCGUUGUUUGAGUGUCCUGAAAGGACAUUUGUGCAGAAGUAUAUUAUGCCUCAUAAGGAGGAAGCUUCUGAGUUGUUGAAGCUAUACAAGGAAAAAAUGGAUUCUUCAAAAUGAGAUGAGAAUAACCUUGUUGGAUUACUUACUUUAGUUGAGCUCCAAGAUUGCAAUUAAUCCAUUUUCUUUUUACUUGUAAUAUGAAUUCUCUUUAAUUUGUCUGACCAUUGAAGCUUGAGUUCCAGAACGAGAUGCAUAAUCAUCUGCUAUGCUAUUGUGAUCUGUUAUUGCUUUAUU